CGCAGCGUUACAAUAAAAUACAGCUAUUUAUAUUUAUGUAUGAACGCUGAUUUUAGAGAAGGGGCCGGGGGUAUAAACUGAUUGCGGGGCCUGAUACUGUACAUAGAUAUUCCAUUAAUCCUCUAAAAAGGCCUUCCGCUUGGCUUUGGGUCCUUGAUUCUUUUGGUCUAGAGACAUUAAACCAAAAAGCUCCAAUAUAUUCCUGUUCUGCCCUCCCUGCGAAAAUGAUUAGGUCUGGUGACGGAGAGACCCUUACGCAUAUAAACAUAGUGCUUACGGCCGGCGUUAUUGUGUUGAUUUACUCAAGCAUUAUAUCUAUUUAUAAUGUUGUUUUUCAUCCACUUCGGAAAAUACCUGGCCCUUUCCUCAACCGUAUAUCCAAACUUCCGUGGCUCCUCAGCUGGAUUUCCGGGUCGUUCCAUCGCUCGCUACUGCAACUACAUGAAGAAUAUGGUCCGGUCGUAAGGACGGCUCCGAAUGAAGUUUCCUUUAUUAGUGAUGCUGCUCAUCAACAAAUAUACAGCACUGAGUCCAUCAUUCGUGACCCUGAACGAUUCGCCAAGUUCAUCAAGGGCGAACAAGAGAUUAUCAAUUAUGACCACGAAAAAGAUCACAGACGGUUUCGAAAGGCAUUUCACCAGUCGCUCAAUGGUACUCCAUUACUAGCUCAUGAAUCAGUCAUUCGGGAAAAUUGUUCUAUAUUUCGUACGAAGGUCGAGAAAUAUGUCCAGGAAAAUGACGGCAGGGUCGAUAUCACAAAGCUUUACAGCUGGCUAGCCUUCGACAUUGCGGGCGACCUCAUAUGGCGAGAGCCAUUCGACUGCCUGAAAAACAUGAAGAGCCACCCAUGGCUCGCUGCUAUAGAGUUAGCUAGCAUCGGGACUUACGUUCUUCUGGUGGGAAUCUCUCCAUUGUUGCAGAAAACAAUCUGGCCUUUCAUCCCGAAAAGAGUUCUCGAUUAUCCUCGGGCUAUCGUCCAAGAGAAGAGUAAGACCAAUUUAGCGUCAAAAGCACACGAAACCGAGAGUGCUUUCUCGUUCGCUUAUAGACGGGGUAUCUUGUCGCCAGAAGAAAUGGAAGCGAACCUGAUCGUUCUCGUUACCGCCAGCAGUGAAACCAUUCAUUCUGCGCUCUUGGCUGCAACCGGUUUUCUGGGGCGAUACAAAGCCUGUGGUCGCAAAGCAAGAGAAGAAGUUCGAGCCGCCUUUACUCGUGAAGAAGACAUAGUCCACCCUGCGGUUACAGAGCUACCUUAUCUCAAUGCAGUUAUGCUUGAGACUUUCCGACUAUGCCCUGCUCAACCGACUUCAGGCCCUAGAAGGGUUGUCAGCGACUCGGUUACUAUCGAAGGAGAAUACAUACCAAAAGGCACUAUUCUUCGAACACCUCAGUACUGUGCUGGGAGAUAUUCUCAAUACUUCCGGGAUCCACAUGGGUUCCAUCCGGAGCGAUGGCUCAAUAAUCCGUUAUUUACUUCGGAUCAGCUAAAUGUCGUUCGUCCAUUUCUAAGUGGUAGACAAAGCUGUCCAGGUAAACAAGUUGCUGAGAUGGAGUUGGCGCACAUUCUUGCCAGAAUGCUUUGGGCUUUUGAUUGGGAAGUCGAAGGGGAAAGCUGGAAUAUCAGCACCUGGAAGUCCAACAUCGUUUGGGACAAACCAUCAGUGAAUAUAAAACUGAUUCCACAGAGGCGAGACUAAACCUAUGGCAUUUUGGUCUAAGACCUUUGUCAUAUUCUUCUCUAUCCGCUGUUGCAAUCCUGUCGAAGCCGUUGUUCCCUUCCUGACAUGUUGUGGUUUUUCUGCGCUCUCUUCCAGAUGUUGAGAGGGCUUUGAA